AUAGACUGAUAGUACAGCGAUCGCCCGAUAUGCGCGUACAGUAUAUCCGGUAGAUGCCAUUUCCUUAAAAACGUUUUAUCAAACAUUUGUUAAUCAUUGUGCAGUGUUGGUUACUGUCGGUGAACCGGGUAAAACGGUUAAUACCGAUAUAGAUUUCGAUACGCAGUGAAGGAAUUACAUCCAAACAAAUCAGAAGAUGGAUCCUGCACUGAAAAAGCAUGCCGAUGAAAAUUCUUCGGUGGACAAAAAGCGGAUGAUCAUAAACAUGACACAGUCCCUGCUGGAUUUUAUUAGUGCAGGGGAUUUCGAGUCGUAUUCUAAGCUCUGUGAUCCUUCCCUGACCGCUUUUGAACCAGAAGCACUGGGACAUCUUGUUGCCGGGAUGGAUUUCCAUAAAUUUUACUUCGAUAAUCGUACACAGCGUGGAUCAAGGUCGGUUCAGACCUCCGUGGUGAAUCCGCAAGUUCACCUCCUAGGCGAUGAUGCGGCCUCGAUUGCCUACAUCCGUUUGAUCCAGAGUAUUGACGAAUCGGGUGCUGCGGCGUCGCAAUCCUUUGAGGAAACUCGUGUAUGGCAUAAGCGCGACGGACGCUGGCAGUUGGUCCAUUUUCAUCGCUCCGGCGGCCGUUUGUCCACCAAGACACCGACGUAAAUUGUUACAGCAUUCUGUGUAGACAGUGUAGUUUUUACUUCCUGGUACAAUUUUCAAAUUAUGAUUAUUGCUUGUGUUUGCUUGUGUUUCUGCUCUGAUGAUGAGAGAAUUACGUUCCUUUUGGGUCUGUUCCAUGGGCAAAAUUGUGGCACUUCGAGCCCAAAACUGUUUAUAGGUUACAUGUAAGCAGGUGAACUCGAGAGGAUGCGCAUCGCGCAUAAAAUUAAUAUACUGUAUAUCUGUACAUGAUGUACGU